GACAGCCAUGACAUAGUUAAGACAUGAAUUCGGUUUGCGAGUUAAUAAAUUGUUAAAAAAAAGCAAAAGAAGUAUAAGUUAAUUUAAAAAAUUAUAGUUAAAAAAUUUUCCUCACCUAUAGUUUCAUCUCUGCAAAUAUUGGUUUAACAGGAUUUCCAAACUUGGACUGAUUGCCCUAAAACUGGAGUAUUUUUGAUGCUACCGUGUAAUACCUAGUGCAAUUUUUAUUUUGGAUAAUUUUGGUUUUAUUGUAUGCAGUACGGAUGUCAAUCAUAUUACAUACAAGUAAUAUCUUCACAAAUACUGAACUUUCAAAAAUACUUUGCCGGAAAAGGAUUGAUUAACAACUAUAGUUAACAAAAUGACGGUUACAAGUAAUGAGAUGUUUGACAAAAAUAUUUUGGAUGACGGCUUACAAGAUUUAGGAUUACCAGUAUCGGUCCAAACAUUUUUAUGGAGACAAAUAGCACCUUUUAUAAGACCUAAACUAGGAAAAUUACAUGAAGCGAGUUGUAUGUUUUGCCAACAUGCCCCCGGACAUCAUGAGUUAAAAGAAGCUUGUAAGUCGUUUGAAAAAGUUUUAGUGCAAAAUAUUCAAUUUGGAUUAUCACCAUCUUUGACUAACGGUUUAAAAGCAAUUUCAAGAUGGCGUUUACUGCAAGCCGCAUUACCACAUGUUAUGCACUGCGCUGCUGCACUAUUACAUAAUAGGGUGAGGGAUAUGCAACCUAUUGGGGCCGCUGAAACUAAAUUAUUAUAUACGAUGCAAUGGAUUAUACUAUUUGCGUCCGAAGAAUGUGCUGAUGAAGCUAAAGAAAACCCAUUUAUAACUGACAAAAAAGAUACAGAACAGUAUUUAUUUUCAGUGCCAACAAUAACGCUCUUUGUUUACUUAUUUGCACCUAUAAUUCACCACUUGAAAGAAUCGGAUUUUCAAAAUUUCCGGCUUGAAAAUGGUAUAAAAUUAUGGCAAGGAAUGUGGGAGCAUCGUUGUCCGGGUGCUCCAUGUUUUGGCGCAGCAGUGAAACCAAAAGCAAGAAUUUUAUUGAGUUCACCGGGAGGAAGAGACGCAGGAAAACCCAGCUCAGAGAAUGUAACCUCACCCAAUGUUGAAUCUCCUCAAAGUGUUUCUUUUUCUGAUAAUAAUAAACACGAUGAAGAUGGGUCUUGGGUUUCUUCGCCAAAAGAUAGUGUUUUUCCUGAAACUAUACCUGAAGAAGCAUCAAGCAUAGAAGAAGAACGAGUUGUCAUAUUUAGAAUUCCAUCUGGCUCGCAUCUAACUGAUCCAUCGUUUUAUAUGGCUGAUGUUAGUGUUUUACAACAAUCGCCAAGUAGACGAAGUAGUAAACAAUCAACUCAGUCACGUGAAAAACAAACAACAAAAUUUGAUUUUGAUCAAGAAAGAAUUCAAGAGCAGAAAUAUCAAAGGCAAUCAAGUCACAAAGGUAGUUCUUCUACUGAAAGAACAGAAAAAGAUUCAGCUGCUGAAAUGUCUCAAGACAAACCAAUGCAAGUUGAAGAUACUGGAAAAUAUGAUGUUGGUGCUGCAACAUUUAUGGACGUUGCCGUUUUGAGAUGCCUAUUCAUUUCGCACUGGCAAGAAGAGGGUGUUUAUUGGAGCCUUCAUUACCUUUAUAACAGAUUAAGAGAAAUAUCUGAAGAAGUCAUAGUACCACCAUUACAACCCAGGAAACGUUCCAAUUCUUUACCUAUCCCUCAAAUAGAAAUUUCCCUAUAUCAAGGACCCACUGGUAAUAAUCGAGAAAGUCCAAGUUCAAUUGCUAAACACUAUAUUGAAAUUCCAGAGCCAUCCGUUGCUGCGAUUAAUGAAUCCCCGUUUAAUUCGAAUAUCGGAAAAUUAGAUGAAACUUCAAGUGUUGGUUGCGGAACUAGCGUUGGUUUUGUAAAUGACGGCGUUGAUACCAUUGAGCAGGGUACAAAUUGUGCAAAUGGAAGUCUUGGUAGCGGUGGAAAUGGUGCUGGCGGAAGUCUGGGUGGCAGUCUUGGUAAAAUUUCAACUGUAUCUGCCGCUCCUGCAACGACUGAACGAAAAGGAUCUGAAAAAAAGAAAAAAGUCAAAAUGGCUGAUUUAAGGACUUUGAUCGAAACAAAAAUGUUUUCAAAAUCUGAUAGAGCUUUAGAAAAAGUUGGGUUAGAUCCAGGCAGUAAUGGGAAACAUUUAGAACAAACGGAAUGCCACAGAAGUUUAGAUACUGGCGAUAAACAGUUGUCGAGAUCAGCGUCAUUGAUUUCAAGGGAACCCCCAAGUAACUUGACAAAAGGCAAAAGCAUGCCAAGUUUAAGCUGUCUUGUAGAUAGCGGAUUUUACAGGUAUGUCGAACCCCCAAAAACAAUUCGUUCAUCACAAUCUACUGGACCAAGAACAACAUUUUUCACAAGAAAUCCGAUAAUAACAGUUACAGAACAUACACCAACUCCAUCACCAGAUUAUAUCAAGAGACAGGGUUCUAUUGAUUCGCAAUUAGAUAUUAUUAGUAAUGGAAGCUUAAAUGGUUGUUUUCGUAGCAACAUGCUUAGAUCUCAUACUGAUUCUCAUAUUGAUUACAGUGGUGCUGAUGAGUCAGAAGCACCUGGAUCCUCAUUUUAUAUAACAAGAGAUGGUGGUAUUGAUUACGAAAUUGUAUUAUUGGGUGUUUUCACAAUUUUUAAACGAGAUUCUAAUACAUGUUCAUUACGUGUACUUGAAACUGGUAUAAAUAUAUGUGAAUUAUUACUUGAUUUAGGUGUAAUGAAAUUAGGAGAUCACUCUCAUGAAAUUUGUAUGGGAAUUGUGAAAAGAGCACUUUUACAUUUAGGGUGUCCACAUGGGUGCAAUGAUGCAAUACGGGGACCACCAGCCGAAUUUUUACGCGGCCAAUGUCAAAAAAUUCUUCAAAGAAUGUUGAGGCAAGCCACUUCAGCAACCAAAGCUUUCCUAAAGAAUAUGGUAAAACAUUCUCAAUUAUCCGAAUUAAUGGAAUUUUUUCAUGCAUUUUUGGGGUAUUGCGUUGAUCCUUCUUCGUUGUUAUCACCUUUAAAUCAUAAACGAUCGACCGGAUUUAAAAAUCUAACUUCCGAAGGCGGUCAAGGUGGAUAUUCAACGAAUUUCAGUAGUGGUGGGCUGAAUGCACAUGCUGAAACACCAAUUUUGUCCGCAAUAUUUAAAUUAUUAGUUACACGAUUCGUCGAAUCAGCAAAAGAAUUGAGAGUUCAAGAAAAUAUUGCUUUGUAUUGCGAAAUACGUCAAAUGAUAACUUACGUAAAAGGUGCUCAUGGGGGACCUUUUCGUAGAGUGGCAUUAUCAGGUAUUUUGGCAGCUACACCGCGACCACACAAGAAAGGACCAGUAAUGCAAACUACAAGAGUAAUUAGACAUAUUCCACAAAUGGAACAGCAACAACAACAAGCACCACCAGCCCCGCCUCCUCCGCAAUCAGAUGAUACAAAAAGUCAACGGAAAAUGUUUUUAAAAAAGAGAAGUACCUCCUCUACCUGCGCAGUUGUAAUAACCCCAAAUUUAUUGGAAACAGAUGUGUUUGAAGAUCUUAAGGUCUGCCAAAGUCCAGUUGGAAAUAAAAGACGUAAAAAUGCUAACAUUAAACCAUCUCUUACACCUCGACAUAGCGAAAGGGCACUUUUAUCAGAUUCUUCUAGUUCAGAACGCAAUUCAUUCGGACGUUUAAGUGGAUUUGUUCGGUGUUGGUUUCGAAGUACAUCAAAAGAUCCCUGUUUUGAUCCAGAAUCAGGACAAAUCAAUCCAGAACUUGUGACUUCAACUUUCAUUCGUCAUGCAUCUCAAAAAAGUCGACGGUCUGGUGAUGGUCUGGGAAAAUCAUUUCAAAUUGCCCGCAGACGAGUUGAAAGAAGGCUAAAUCGCUUAGGUAUAGUUAAAGGGAAAAAGAAAGUUGGAGGAACAGAAGAAAAUGCGGGAAGUUAUUUAAGCCGCAGAAGUUCUUCGGAUACUGGAGAAGGUCCAAAGGAAUCAGAGGUUGUUGUUUUGAAAGAAAGGCGUUUAGUACCAUGCGAACCUAUAAGAGAAGGAAUGUUGAGAUUCUCAUUCUUAUUGGAAACGAUUGCCCCAGGCUCUUUUCCUGAUCCUCAAUUAAUUGCUGCUACUUUAGAUUUGCCACAAGCUCCAAUAGUCGCCAGAGCUGCAUUAUUAUUAGAAUGCGCCCACUUUGUUCACAUGUGUAAUCGGGGAGUUUGGCCUAUAUGGAUGAAACAUAAUGUGACAACAUAUCGUCCGUCUGGUCCUAAUAUAAAUGCAACGAGGGCACCUAUAGCAAGAAGAACUCAUAUUUUACAAAGAACUGCAGGAAAAAUGUUUCACCAGUGGGCUGAACUUCUUGGAUCUCGAUUAGAAGAAUUACUAUUUGAAGAAAAAUUACAUUUUGAAAACAUUAACAACAGUAUAAAUGAUUUAGAUAAGCAAAAGGAUCUUUUGCAACAAGACGAGGAGGAAGAUUAUUUAGACGAAUCGAGCGUUAAUUCAAAAGGUAAUGAUUGCCCACAUGCUUUGAAAUUAAUAGCAUGUGUUCUCCUUUUUGAAAUAACAACCUUUUUAAGAGAAACUUAUCAAACGUUACCCAAAGCUUCAAAACACUUUCAAAAAGAAAAACCGGUUCCUCCGUGGGAAAAAGUUUAUAGAGAAGCAAAUAGAAGAUGGUCGAUGGCAUUGAGUUCAAUGGGUCAUUCCCAAACAUCAGCUCAAAGUUUACAAUCUAUUGCUGGAGGUGAUGGAAGUUUUAUUCCUGUAACAGGCGCUCAGACUGAGAGAAAAAUAUCUUUUGUUUUACAUGAACCUGACAAUGAGUCGGAAAAUAGCAGUAAUACAACGGUAACAAUACAAGGAGAGGAUGCUAUGCCAAGGAGACCCGUGACAGUCAGGCCAUUUUUAUUAAGACGCGGAACCGCUGUUGGACAAACCACAGGUGGCUCUUUCAAAAGACGGUCUCUUAAACUGCGACGUGGUACAAAAGAUGGGAAAGAUUUAGAAGCUGAUUUUAAAAGAGCAGACUCAAUUCAAUCAAGAAGAAAGGUGUCAUCUCUCUCAGAUCGAAGCGAUACUUCAGAAGCAGGCGUUGUGAGUGGGGGUGAGGAAUCUCCAGGAAUUUUAAGUGAUGAUCAGCCCCCGGAAUCGCCCACUGACUCGAAUGAAACGGACGAGACCGCUAAAAAUAUGCCUUGGAUGAAAGCAGUAGUGGAUUUAGUAAAUUCGUAUAAUUUUUAUUGCACACAUAGAGGUUAUUGUCAUCCAUAUUGUUACAAAAGGCAUAUGAGGGCAUCUUGUCGUUUAAUAAAGGCUGUACGAAAGGUCUAUGGCGAAACAUUCGGAUUUUCAGCCUAUACUGACGAUCAUUACACCGGAAAUUCAAAUGCAGUGAAAAUACAACCGAAAUUAAAAUCGUAUCGAAAGGUGUCUGAACAAAGUUCGACACAAAACUCUCCAAAAAGAAAAGAUAGUAUUCCUAAAAAGGAUAGAAUAAUUGAAGGUCAAGAAAUAGCUGGAAAACUAACCCAAGUCCUAAAAAAUGAAAUAGAACAAAAAAGGCAAGAUGUCUCCCCUAUGCUGAAAUUCAUAAAAAAUCGGGUCAGAGAUUUGUUUCAUUAUCCGUUUUCAGUGUUAGUUAAAGGUGCCGUAGUUUUAAGUGAAGAUACUGUGAUUGAGGCACUUCCUGCAGCUUGGGAACUUCUUCUGGAAUCUAGUCAGGAAACAGCUGCACUAGCUGCAUCAUUUUUCAUAAUUGGUUCAAUUAAGGCACCAACUUUUGCUUCAGAUAUAAUGCAAAGAUCACUGAAAAACAAAGAUCCAAAUAUAAGAAUUGGAGCCAUACUAAGGUAUCAAGUGCUGUGGAAAUCACGUUUUCAAGUUUGGCCUCGUAUGGAAGAAGGGGCUCACAUAUCAUUUAAAGUACCACCUCCUGGGAUUGAAUUUACUUUACCAUCACCAAAAAUCGGUAUCGAAAGCUUACCAGUGGUUGACCCACCUUGGAGUCCACUUACGCAAGUUAAGGACAUGGAAGUAACUUUGAAUCAAGAACGUCAUAGAGCUUUAGUAACUGCAACAAAAACACGUAAAAAGCAACAAACAGAAGCAAUACGUCAUGCAAUUCAGCAAAAAGAAGAUAAACAGAAAUCGGAAAGACAGAGCUUUCUGCUGACAACAAUUCCUAUAAAUCAACAAGCAUCCCAUGAACCAGGUUUGGAUCAUCAACCAGGUGAAGAUCAUGUCGAAGGAGAAGAAGAUACAGAAGGAACUCGAGUUGCACCUCACUUACAUGCUGCUCAUUCACUUUUUCCAUCUGUUUUAUGCUCGUCUGUUAUGCAAAUAGUCGCUUGCUUAGAUGAUGCGGCCGUAGGUUCUGAUGGUAAUGCCGUUUGCGAGAUAGCAUAUCAAGUUAUAUGGAUAUGUUUAGUAGAGGAUUCAGCUCUUUUCCUUAGAUAUGUGCUUGAACGUUUGACACGCGAUCGCCAAGAUCAAAUGUUCAAGUUGCUUAGACAUUUAAUCAGAUUUGUUCCGAGAUUACCACAGCAAGCUGCAUUUGCUUUGUACAAUUAUAUUAUUGGAUAUGUAAUGUUUUAUGUAAGAUCAUCCCAUGAACAUGCCCAAGAGCUGGUGGGCUCCGCGCUUUCUAUUCUUUGGAUGGUUGUUCAUAGUGUACAUGGAAUUAUGUUUAAAGAUUUAAAACAAAUCUUACGAAAAGAACAAUGCGAUGCAUCAAUUUUAUUGACGGCCAAUGUCCCAGCAGCAAAAAAAAUUAUAGUGCAUGGACCGUUCGAAGAUGAUGGACAUAUACCGUCACAAUUUCCUGUGCAAGAAGAUACCUUGUUCGGGCAAUUACUGAAAGAAGCAUUGGAUUUUUAUCCAAUUGAAGAAAAAAAUUAUCUUAAUUAUUGUCUUGUUGACUACAAAACUCAACGAGUAUUAAACCCCAACUACCAUAUAAGGGAUCUAUAUUUUUUCAAACGAUCGCAAUAUCCACAAGUACGUCUAAUACAAAUGAAGUCUGAGGAAACAUUUUUAGCUUUACAAAAACAAGAACUUAUUCGCAAGUUUGUUGAAAUUGGUAAAGUUCAUCUAACAUGGGCUAUUUUAAAAAAUGUUGACAUGGUAGUUCAGCGAGUUGUAUUUUUACAUGAAGAGCUAAUGAAAUUACCUGCAUUUCCAAGAAAAGCUUUGGAAGCAGAUUUAGAUUUGUUUAAAGGUGGUGAAUUCGGUAAAGAAUUACUUGGCUUGGACGUUUUGCACAAAUUUAUGUGGGUAAGAUUAAUUGCUAGAAUGUUCGAAGCUAUGGCUGGAAAUUUCGCAUACUCAGCUGAUAUUCAAUUAUUUUUAAAUGUUUUAUCGGGAGCUGCAAUUUUGCAUUCUGAAGAUUCUUGUAUAAUGAGAUAUGUUAUGGCUACAUUUAUUAAUGCUGCUUUUAAUUUCAAAAAUAUUUUUUCUACCAAUGGCUAUUUUAUGAUAAUGCCAACCUUAUUGCAAGUUUAUUCUCUCCAUCAGACUAACAAACUAAUUACAACUACGAUUGAGUACGCUGUUAAACAAUUUUAUUUACUUAAUCGAAAACCGUUUAUAUUGCAAAUGUUUGGAUCCGUAUCAGCUAUCCUAGAUACGGAUGAAGAAGGUACAUAUGGAGAAGCGCACAAGGUGCAAUCAAGUUGUCUUUUUAACUUAUUACUUAGUUUGGAAGAUCCAUCUCCAGACCCCUUGAAUAUAGCCGAGCUGGUUAAAGAACCCAAACCAUUAAAAGCUAUCGAUUUCUGCUACCAUGAUGAAGAUGGCGAUGUCACUGUUCUUGAUUGUAUAACGCUAUGCGUGAUGGUCGUUUCUUACUCAGCAGAGAGUACAAGAGGCUAUCAGAUGCUAAUAAUUUUGGAGGCUAUUUUACCUUGUUAUUUGCAACAAAUUCAAUCACCUCACUACAUUCACCUUCAUGGAAAAUCAGAACGUGAAAUUAUACUUCAAUUAGCUGUGGCAAUCCGUACAAUGACCCACAAUUGUGAAGGACUAGCAAAGAGCUACAAUGGUCCAUUUAGAAACAGUCCAGAGCACAAAGGUUCAAGUCAAAGAAAUUGUAGUCGCGGGCCACCAUGCUCCCCAGGAUUGGAGUUCGAAGAUGAAUCACAUUCCAAAUACGUUACAGAUACUAGAAACAAAAAUUUGUUAGACUCUGCUGAAGAUUCUGAAGUUGUGCGAACUGAAUACAGACGACCGAGAGAUGUUUUGCUAUCAGUUGUGGGCGAUUUUUUAAGUAAAGCAUCAACUCGACUCUCAGAAUUAUCCAAAAAACAGGGAAAUGAUGGAAAACCAGUGGAGUUACUAGACUUGAAAUGCCAUAUUAGAUUAGCUGAUAUUGCUCAUUCAUUGUUGAAAGUUUCACCAUACGAUCCUGAAUCUAUGGCAUGUAGAGGUCUACAAAGGUAUAUGCAAUGCAUUUUGCCAAGAGCCGAAUGGUCAAAUGAUGGUUUGCGUAAUGCUAUGGUUACAAUAUUACGGCGAUUAGACAAAGUUUUCUUAAAAAUAUCAAAAAAGCCAUCAAUAAGACGUAAUACAGACUGGGAAGCUGCAGCUGGUCUUUUGAAAGGAGUUCAUGAAACUAUAGUCCGACAUCCAUACGUUUUACAUUGGGCACAAAUAAAAAGUCUGCUAAAUACUGUACAAAAUUUAAUAGUUAAUGAACCUGGAUCUGCAGAGCCUGGAGUAUCCAGCGCGGGAGCUGCAUUAAUGUCACAAAGUCCUCCAGCAUUUUUCUGUUCAACUGUUGUUAGAUUAGUAGCUUUACAAGUUGUAAGUCCGGUUGAUUGUUUUACGUUGGAACAAAUAUGCGGCGGAAGUAGUGAGUUCGCCACUCAAGAAAAAGCAGAAGGAUUUUUAAUGCAUUUGUUAAUGCCUUUGUGUUUAAAAGUUUGCUCAGGUCGAGGUGUACUAGACAUCGGCGAAUUAAAACAACAUGAUAUCAAUUAUUUAGUAACAGCAGUUUUAAAUGCAAUGAGCCCCCCGGCUGGUAGAACGGGACAAGUUAUACAAAUAAAUCGAGCAACAGGCGAUUUAAGAGCUGGGUCACUAACUUUUACUGGUAGCAGGGACGCAAAAAGACCUGCUCGUAUAGCUGGUUCUUUAUAUCAAGCAGCUUUUCUUGCACUAAAAAUUGUAUGCAUAUGCUUUGAGACUAGAUUGAGUAAUGAAUGGCCUAGAAUUGUUCGUGUGAUGAGAGACUUAGGUAGACGAAAUGAAGCUGCUCCAGAUUUAUGGAGUUUUUUGGAAUUCGUAGUCACCCAUAGAACUCCUCUUUAUAUUGUUCUAAUGCCUUUUAUAUUGCACAAAAUCGCACAACCUCCAAUUGGAGAUCACGAAAGAAGUAUGCAAUUUGUCAUUAGAGAAAGAUUGAGUGGAUGUUCACCCCCGGGUGGAGUGAAGUCUAAAGGCGCCCUUUUGUUAGAAUUAGCCCGCGAGUUACGGGAUUUGCGAGAAGAAUUGGAAGAAAAAAGAUAUGAGCCAAAUCGUCGUGAUACGACAGUUAUACCGCAACCAACAGAUGCACAAAAGCACCAACAACAACGACCAUCGCUUAUAUCAAUUUUUACAGGCCAACAACCACAUUCUCACAUUUCAGCUGCUCCAAUAGAUUCGCGUAGUGGAUCUGGUGGAAUUUGUACCCCAAGUGAUACUUUAUCACAACAAACAUUACAUCCACCACGUGAAUCGUCUUCAAGCGGUUCCGGUGGCGUAAGAGAACACUUGUCUAGUGAAACUCAUAGUGUGGAAGCAACCACCCAAUAUCAUAUGGACAGCAGCCAAACAUUAGGUGGAAGUCAGGGAACUGGCAGCAUUAGUGGCGUACCCAGCGAUGGUUUGCAUUCUCAGCACAUAAGUAGUCGUCAUGGACCUACUGCAGGGUCUAUGCCACAUUUGUCGCAUUCACAGUCCUUACAACAGAGUCACAGUUAUAAAGUGCAACCACCAAAACUGAGGUUUGUUUCUUCAGUUGAGUUUAAGCAUUCAUCAGGUGAAACUUCCACAACACCACUUUCGCCAGAAAGCCCUGCCGAAGACAGCUCGGGCGAGCAUUCACGCCCACGAUUACAAAGAUCAAACAAAGCUUCAAGUCGGAAGACGUUUAGAAUGAAAAGAGGUCGACACACUCAAAUAGAUGUAAUAAACCAUUCAGUUGACCACCCGCCUCCUGUAGAGAGGCCAAACCCGCUAGCUGAAAUAUCGUGGGAUUCUGUAUCUCAGACAUCGUCAACCUCUGGUUAUCGUGAAAAUAAUAGCUUGCAAACAGGUCUUUUAUCUCCAGAUGGCUCUUUGGGCGGUUUAACAUUAGGUCGCUCGCCUUCGCAGCAUUCUUUGUUAAUGUUAUUUGAAGCUCAAGACGAAGACACUUUGAUUUAGAUCAAAUUUAAACUCAAGCGGCUUAUUCCUAAUGGAAGCUUUAUUCUAUCUUCUUUUUUGCUCAUCAGAUGAAACUUAGUAAAUAUCAAUUCCGCUAUACAGAAAUGAAUUCUGUUUCUGUACAUACAUAUAUAAAUUUUAAAAUGGAAGAACAUUUUUUAUUACAUACCGUGACUUCAAUAAUGUUAUAAAAAGUUUAAAUACGGGAUUAAUACGCCUACAAUUUCAGUAAUACAAUUUUUACAAUAUUGAAACAUACUUUGACGUUUGUUUGAAAAUUUCAAUUUAAUGUUCUGUGCAAAUGUUAAUUUUCAACAAACGUUACCACAUCUUUAAAAACAUAGCAUUUUUAUGCUGCAAUUUAGGAAAAAAACUAAUUUUAGCAAAAAAUUUUUUUUCCGAAAUAUAAUUCUUUUUUUUUUUUUUAUUGGUAUGAAAAGAAAACUUCCUUUUAUUUGGAAUAAAAUACUUUAUUUUAUUUUUUGCUAAUAUAUUUCGUGCGCUACAUACGCACUUUAUCAAAGCUGAUUUUCUUCUCUAGAGAAAUAAUAAAGUAUUUUAUUUUCAUACCAAUAAAAAAAAAAAUAAUAAUUUUAGCACUUUAUUGCUGAAAAUAAAUGCUACUUUAUUUAAAUGGUUAUUUCUGGCAACAUUUAUAUGACAUGUAUAAGAAAAGCGUGCUCAAUUUGUUCGAUACCCAAUUUACUUUUAUUUUAUGUAUCCACUAUGUAUAGAACGCAUUUUGGAAAAGUGUACAACGUCAAGAGCUUUUAUUAAACAUUUUGGAAUGUGAUACUUUGUAAAGUUUACGUCGUAAGCACAUUAUUGAAGUUACGGACACAUACACAUGCACAUACACAUACCUCCCUUUUUUUAACAAUGCUAGUGGAUAGAAUGAGGCAAAGUGGCGGUUAAUUCUUAAUUUACGCCCCCUCGAUAUACGACAUUUCGAUUUACGCUCUUUUAAUUUUUAAUACCGUAAAUUAGUGUUAUAUAAAUGUUAAUAAUGUAAAUUAAUAUUACAUAACGUCGUUUCCCUCGUUUUAAACUUUUUUCCGAAGUAAAUUUCUACUAAAAUUUUUUUCUUCAUUUUGACAAUUAAAUUUUUUGUCUGACCUUGGAAAUCGAUUUUUUUAAUCCCAUCGAUUUUUUAUUUUAUGUACCUAGUCUAUUAUGUACAAGAAAAUUUUGCUGAAAAUUUUUUCGUUAUUCGUUCACUAGUUGACAGUAAAGCAGUAUUUCCCUUUUUUUGCGGCAAUACAUUUACAUGUUAAAACUAUAGAACUUUUUUAUUUUGAAAAUCUACUUUCCGAAUAAUUUAUCAAAAUUUAACCAAAAAUUAAUCAAUGUACAGAAAAGUUCAUAUAUUUACCGUAAGUUUUUGACUUUCUUCAAGCUAUAUUUGUUGCUAAUUUUAAAAAUGAAAUAAUUAAUUAAACGAAACAAAUAAAUUCAUCAACUAUUGCAUUUGUGAUUUAUUUAUAAUUAAGUCUUAUGAAAUAUAAAAAAAUACCUAUAUUACGUAUGUAUAUUUGAACACA